CGAAACAUGAUAUUUGUCUGGGCUGUAACGAAACAUGAUAUUUGGUGUGUGACCCACUAUUUAAUGCAUUGUUUGAUACUAGUCUGGUAGUUAUAGAUAUUAUUUAUUUGAAUUCUGGAUAUUUGUUGACGCCUAUGUAUUCUAACAGUUUGUGGUCAAGAAUGGAUAAUAACAUGCCUCAUACCAUUAACUCGCAGCUCAUAAGACGUUGGAUCUAGAAGACGAGGAAGCGAGGAAGAACAUCUUUUAUCGCACUAAGGAUGAGUGUUUUGAUUUCUAUAAGCGCUACGCUCACAAAAAAGGGUUUGGUGUUCGAAUAGAUGGGGAACACAUAAGAAAGAUCAAGAAUUCUAAAGGAGUGGUGGAGAAAAAUUAUGCAUACCUUUAUUACUUUUGUAAUAAGGAAGGCUGGACUUCCACAAGCAAAGUCAAUAUGGAUAAUCAGAUACAGUCGGAAGACAAGGUGGAGGAGAGAAUGGUUUGCAAAAGAAAGAGGCCUCGAGUUAGGGAUGGAUGUCCCGCCCGUGUUCGUUUUGGAUGGGAUGCUGCUAGGGAGGGAUUUGUGGUGUAUGAAUUCGUAGAAGCCCGCAGUCAUGGUUUGCACUCUACCGAGCAUAUGCACUUGCACAAGUCGAACAAGUGCAUGAGUGAUGCUCAGAAAAAGAUGGCUCAAGCUAAUCGCGAUGCCGGGAUGAGUCUUAGUGCGUCGUAUCAGUUAUUGGCUGAUUGUGCUGGUGGGUAUCAAAAUCUGAGAUUUACCAAAUCCGAUCAGAAGAACCACUUGAACACUAAAAGGCAAAGGACAAUGGCUCGUGGUGAAGCGACUUAUUUGCUGGACUACUUUGAGGACCAAAAGGACAAGCAUCCUGGAUUCUUUUAUGCUGUAGAGGUGGAUUCCGAAGAGAAAGUUGCUAAUAUAUUUUGGGUGGACAGUAGGAUGCGUGAAGAUUAUGCGCUUUUUGGAGAUUCGGUCUCCUUUGAUACCACCUUCCGAACCAAUAAAUACUUCUGUCCACUGGGGAUGUUUGUAGGUUUCAAUCACCACCGCCAAACUUGUGUGUUUGGUGCUUGUUUGAUGUAUGACGAGACUACUCCGUCGUUUGAAUGGUUGUUUGUUGCAUUUAGUCGAUGCAUGAAGAAUAAGCUUUCAAUCACUAUAUUUACUGAUCAGGAUGCAGCCAUGGCAGCUGCCCUUAGAAAUGAGUGGCCUACUGUGUUUCAUGCCCUCUGUACUUGGCACAUCCUCAUGAAUGCCAAGAAGCAUCUUCGCAAGGACAAGGCAUUUUGGAAGAAGUUCCAACAUCAUAUUUCUUUUAUUUUCUAUGACGUCGACAGCGAGGAAGAGUUCGACAUGGCAUGGAGCACCAUGGUUUCUGAUUGUUUCCCAAAUAGCGACAUUGCGGAUGGCCAUCAAUGGUUGGAACGUUUGAAGAAAUUCCGUCAUCGAUGGUGUUCUUUAUGGUUGAGAGAUCAAUUCACAGCCGGGAUGUUGACUACGCAAGCUAGUGAGUCGUGCAAUGCACAAGUGCGACUUUUCUUGAAGCCGAGGCAUGAUUUGGACUUGUUUUUCAUUCACUUUAGCAGUUUGUUGGCUGACAAAAGACGCAAGGAGACAGAGUCAGAGUACAAUGCAAAACAAUCGAUUCCUUAUAUAAUGUUGGAGAAUAGCCCGAUCCUCCAACAUGCGGCAAAGAUCUUUACUCCUAACAUUUUCGAAAGGAUACAGAAGCAGUAUUUGGUGGCUGAAUCCUAUAUAAUAAAGAAGCUCUCGGAUAAUAGGGAUGAUGGCAUGAUUGGCUACCUCAUAUAUAUGAUGGAGGAUGGUGAGCGUAGUGAUGAGCGUGUCGUCCUCGUCGAUAUUUAUACGACGACCUUGGUAUGCGAAUGCAGAAUGUUCAGAACUUUAGGAGUGUUAUGCCGCCACAUGAUUAAGGUGAUGUGGCUUCUUGGAGAUUUUGGGGAAGUAAGUAUGAGAAGUAUUCCGGAUCAUUACAUACUCAAGCGAUGGACGUUGGAGGCGAGAGGGAGAGAAGUUGUUGAUGUCGAUGGUUCUGUUGGUCCUUCAGCUCCCAAUGAGAAUGAUGCGGGAAAAGGUAUAGCAAUGCGGUACCGGGAAACCACUGCAAUGUUGAAUCAGCUAGCAAUGAAUAUGUCGAUGGCCGAUGAGAAGGACUACAAUAAGUGGAUGGGAGUACUCAAGAAAGUGUGCAAUGAGGCAAACAAGGCAUUGUCAAAGACUAUAACUAGCGAGGACAGACGAUCUGUACUGAUAACUGGGCUGACUUUGAAGGAGAAGAGUAAUCCAAGGAGUCACGGUAAGGAACGUUACCAGUCUACGAAUGAAAAGGAACGUCGUCGAAAGAAACGUGAAUAUAGGAAGAGAAUGAAAUCCAUUGAAGUGGUCACGCCGGACGACACUGCUCACUCGGAUGGCCAUCUUAGUGAUUUGGAUGAUAAUAUUGCUCAAUGGUUAUGAAUAGAAUGUAGGGUGGUUUGAGAGUGGUCUACUGUGAUAUCAAAUUGACAUGUGAUUCCAGGAUACGUUUUUGUUUUGCAGUGGAUAUUAAUACAAUUUCUUAGGAUAC